CAUCGCAAGACCCAUGCUCAUUGCUCGCGUCUCUUUUCAUUCUGUGUACUAUAUUGCAUCGAUGCGAUAGCAUUGGCCCACAAUAAUUAUGCCUCCUCGGAUCCGCUCCUCCAAAUUUGCCUCCCUUCCCCGGCCUACUCCCAGCCAAUCUUCAUCCGCACGACCACAAUCGAUUACACAGAACACGCAGCCAUCGCGCCAAUUCUCACAAACAUCAUGCCAACAAGCCACAUUACGGCGGCGGAAGUUCUAUGAGUGGCUCAAUGGCCCGGGAAAACAGCUGAAGGAGCCUCUUCCCGACUCCACCAACUACCUCGGAGCCUAUGAUAGGUACGGCAAUCUGGUUCGUGCAGGGCCAGGAUAUCAGCGUGGAGCAGCAAAACCACAGGCGGAGGGCGAGUCAAAAUUGACAGAAACCACGAACAAAGCCGCAGCGCCAACAGAGGAGGCCAAGACACCAGAGGGGCAAGAGUCAUUAGAUGAGCUGGAGUCCGCAGCACGGAAAGAAGAGGUCGAAAAGAAGGAUGCAGAGCAGGACGACUCAAAGCUACCACCAGAGACUGCAGAGGAUCUCCGCCCAUUCCCCCUGAACCAGUACUUCCGCAGUCAGUCCGUGCUCAGUGAAGAUCUACGAGAAGCCAUUUAUCAGCGUGUGAAGCGAGAUGGGGCGACAGUGUCGCUUGCCAGUGUCGAAUUUGGUGUCAGCAAUGAGCGUGUCGGCGCAGUCGUACGUCUCAAGCAAAUGGAGAAGGAAUGGAUCGCACAGGGUAAAACCUUGGCCGUCCCAUACUCCAAGGCAGUCCUCAACAUGCUGCCCACAACACCACACAUCGAUACUACAGACCCCAAGAACAAGGGCAAGCGACCCAUCGUACACGAGCCCAUCAACGAUCUGAUCGUACACCCGGCCACUCGUCAACAGCUGUGGGUUCCCGUUGCCGAGUCAAGGCACUUCACCCGUGAAGAUGCUGGUAAGGCUUUCGACAACAGCCUACUCCCUGCCGAUGAGCGCAUUCCCCACCCCGAGCUGGUCAAGGCCGAACGUGAACUCGCCUCAGGUCUGAGCUUCGAGGAGCGCCGCAAGCUUGCUGAGGAGCGUUUCGCUGUGGAGACAGCGCAGAAGAAGCGCGAAGAGGAGGCCAGAGAAGCUGAGAUUCGAGCACAGAAGGUCGUUCCCCAGAGGAGAUGGGACUUCGUGUUCAAGGACAUCAGCGUUGAAAGCGCAGGCCGCAACGGAAGGGACGUGAGGGGUGUCGGCUGGAGAUAUGGUCUCCCCCACCAGGACCGCAAGAAGGGACAAGUCAAGAUCCCAACCAAAGUCGAAGCGUAAAGCUUGUACGAUAUGUAACUUUAUUGUCUGUGUAUGUGUCACAUGUAGUAUAUGGCUGCAUCUGGAGCGCGCAUUUUCAUUGGCCACGAUGCCUGCGUUUAGCAUUUUGAGCAAUAUAUC